CCUCACACACUACAAAACAUUACCUACUGAUGGCGAUGAAGCUUCUGCUGCGGACUCAUCCGUAUGAGUCACUGGGCAAUUGCCACGCAACUCAUCACAUCUGUUUUCUCGAAUCUGUUUACCUGUCACUGUGUCUUGGCUCCAUGUCAGAUAUUGCAUGCUGUAUCGCGACGGUGCUACACCUCAACAACUCGUGGCUGAGAUCCGCUCACCACGUUUUGGACAUGUGUGCGAUCUUAGUCGGUGGAAGAGGCUGAAAUCGAGCGGACCCCCGAGAAUGCAUAAAACGUCCUCAUCCGAACGAGUAGUCGCUCCUCUUAUCCCUAAACAUGCAGCUUUCUGUACUCCUGAGCGCACUUAUAUCUUUCGUCAUUCUUACUGCAGCGUCACCCACGCCUGGAGCCAUCUCGAAACGUUCUUUUGAGCGACGGGAACUUGACACGAACUUUCAACGUGAUCUCCUAGAAGAGGACAAGAAGCGCGACUCGGAGGAGCUGGACACUGACUUCAAUCCAUACUAUGCUUGGUAUGGCUCAGGCACUGGAGGUGGGGGUAUAAUAUAUCUAUCAUUUAUUCAUUUACGCAUCGCACCUUUUGCACCAGACAAGAGGCGCAAGGAACUCGAGUCGGGUAUUGAUUAUAACGAGGCCGACUAGGAUAAUAAACAGCCUAGCAAAA